GCCACCAUAGGCGAAACACUGAAGAACUGAUCAGGAGAGAGUCUAAAGGUGCCUGAAUGAAUGAGGGUUGGUGGCUGGAAACACUUCCAAUUAAUCUUGAUCUUUUAUACUGUGGGGUUCAAAAUAGUCAUGUGGUGUAAUUAUGUGAUAAUAGAGUCAGGUGAAAUUAAGAUGAGAGUAGAACGGAAAGGUAUGAACUGUAUUCUUGAUAUAUAGCACUGGGCUGUUGCUGUCCUGUAUAACCUUACUAUAUAUAAUGUAUUGUUGGAGCUCUUCUAGUACUGUUCCCCUUAGCUGAAAUGAAAAAAAAUGGAGCUUGUGGUCCUCACAUAUUCUGGUUCUCCUUUUUUCACCUUUUUCUCAAGGUUUAUUCUUCUUUUCUUCUUUUUCUUUUCCUUCUUCUUCUCCUCCGCCUAGUUGUCUGCCCCAUCUCGAUUCCUUUGGUUGCCUUCUCUUCUUCUCAAGUAUGGAAAUGAGCAAGGCUCAAGGUAAGAGAACCUUGAUGGAGGAGGAGGAAGAGGAUGAUGAAGAUGCUGUUGGGUUAGGGUUUGGAGAGGAUGAGAAGAAGAAGAAAGCAGUGACCCUCACCAACAAGAAAGGAUCUGGGGGAGCGGGGUCAACGCCGCCUUGUUGUCAGGUGGAUAACUGCACCGCUGACAUGUCCGAUGCCAAAAGAUACCACAAGCGGCACAGGGUGUGUGAACAUCAUGCCAAGGCUCCGGUCAUUCUCAUUGCCGGAAUCCAGCAGAGGUUCUGUCAGCAAUGCAGCAGGUUAGGAAACCCUAAUUUUCCAAAACAUUUCUGGUUCCAUUUGCUGUCAGAGUUUGACGAGACUAAAAGAAGUUGCCGCAGGCGCUUGGCCGGACACAACGAGCGGCGCCGCAAAAGCUCGUCUGAAUCUCAUGGAGAAGGCUCCAGCUGAAAAGGGAAGACCCCUCAUCUAAAGGAAGAACUAAGUUGCAGCAGGCUUCGGUAAAAUGCAUUUUCAAAACCGAUAAGGUUUAACUAUGCUAUCUAGUAUGCUCUCUAUCUUCUGUCAAUCUCCGGCUUUCAACUUUGAAUGAUUAUGUAAUUAAGAACCAAAAACAAAUGACAGCACUGUGGUCAUCCAUCUCAGUACUGCUGUCUCUGUUGGCAUCUGAGUCGUCAGUGACUCAAGAUCGUAUGAAUAAAUGGUGUGUGGAAUAACCCUUUUGAAUAAUGCUUUUUGUGAUGAUUUUUAUUCGAUCUCCACAUGCUUUUCUCUU